AUGCUCACGACAGGAUUCGCCGGGAAUACACUCAUUUUUCUGUUAGUGUUGGGGUGGAGUUUAUCUAUUACGUUUCCGCCGUCAUUUACUCAGCUGCCUCCUCGGAAUGCUGUAUUCAAUCCUGGUGAAGCCAUAUUACUCCCGUGUGUGGCCAUUGGUGCUCCGGCGCCAAAAUAUACGUGGUUCAAGAACGGAAAGUAUUUCAACUGGGCAGCAAACACUGGAAGAUACACCAAGUGGCCGGAUCAGGGAACACUGGUAAUUGCUCGUCCGGGUACGGAUGAUGACGGAAUAUACCAGUGCUAUGCCUCCAAUCAGUUUGGUAUCGCCCAGUCAAAUACUGUCAAUGUCAGAAGAGCAGAACUCGGAGAUUUCGAAAGAGUGGAAACAAAGACCAUGUAUGUUCGUUAUGGAGAUUCUGUUAUGUUGAGAUGCAAUGUACCCCUGGGCUAUCCUCCACCGGUAGUCACAUGGCAAACCAAGAAGUAUUCCCAAAUUCAGUAUAUUAAGGAGACAAACCGGAGAGCAACGGAUAUUAACGGCUAUCUGUACAUUGCUGCGGCAAUAGAAGAAGACCACGACACGCUGUACACAUGUGUGGCCAAUAAUGAGGUGACACGCUACCAGACAAAUGGACCAUCGUACCUAAUCAAAGUAUUUGGAACUCAGACAAACUACCCGGUAAAGCCACUAUACAACACCCCGAGGACUGAGGUGGUCACUGCAGGAGACAUACUACGAUUAAAGUGUAUAUUUGCUGGCUAUCCGCCGCCCCAGUAUACUUGGUACAAGGAUGGCAAAGAGCCGAUUGAGCUACCGAAUGUAAACGUGAAAAAUUUGGGAACAAUGCUGGAGAUCAACCCAGUUUCGGUGGAAGCUGCUGGAGAAUACCGUUGUCAGGUUACAAACGAGCAGACCCGUGUAACCGGGAACAUGCAAUACACUGUCCGAGUUCAUGUAAGGCCAACAUUUGUGGACAAGCCCCAGGACACAACAGUUCCGGUGAAUGGUUCAGUGAUUUUCACAUGUACUGCUACUGGUGAUCCGGCUCCACAAAUCCGUUGGACAGUGAACGGUCAAGACCCUUCCGCCUAUUUGGAUGGUGUUCGGAAAACGCUACAAGGAAAUGUCAUGCAUCUGUACAACCUCACAGUCAAAGACACAGCCGUUAUCCAGUGCAACGCAUCGAACGCAUUUGGUUACGAUUUUGUUAAUGCUUACCUGAAUGUGAUGCGUGAGCCCCCUUACUUCAUCAAACCACCCCAGGCGGAGCAACGCGUUGUAGACGGACAUGAGGUUAUCAUACACUGCCAAACGUUUUCUGCCCCCAAAGCCCUGAUUUCCUGGACGAAGGAUGGACGUCCUAUCAGCGGUGGUCGAUAUCGAAGCCUUAUCACUGGGGAUCUGAAAAUCUCGUCGGUCGCCAUCACCGAUUCCGGUGUUUAUGAAUGUACGGCAACAAAUCCCUUUGGCAGUCGCAAGGCCUCUGGUCGUCUGCUAGUCCGACGUCGAACAAGCAUUGUAUUGGCACCCAUAGAUACACAAGUUUACGAAGACCAGGUGGUGAAAUUCGUCUGCACUGCUGAAACCGACCCAAUGGAACUGCAAAAUCUGGAAAUCACUUGGUACAAAGAUGACAACUUGAUUGAACCCAGUUUGACUCCUCGGAUUCAACAGAUUUGGUUUGAUUACUCGCUGGUUCUGAGUGGAGCCCAACCCAGAGAUACGGGGCAAUAUCGCUGUAAUGCCAGCAAUGGCUUAGACUAUGCUGUAGCAUCCGCGUCUCUUCUGGUCCAAGGUCGACCGGAGAAAGCUAUUCGUGUCGAAGUCAACUGUGCGGAGUUUAUCAAGGAUGAACUGGCUCUUGUCUCCUGGUAUCCCGGCUCUGACAAUUAUGCGCCCAUUAUGGAAUAUAUUGUCGAAUAUUCCACGCAAUAUGAACGCGACACUUGGUAUCCAGCUGAAAUUUUCAACUAUACCGGCUUGGUGCAAAGUACUUCGAUCAAAGUGGUUCUCCGACCAGCUAUCCUCUAUCAGUUUCGAAUUCGCACACGCAAUCGCGUCGGUGUCUCCCUACCCAGUGUGGCAACAAGCACAGCCUGCGGAAUUCCAGCUCGAGUCCCAGCAACCAAUCCAUCUGAGCUCUAUGUCUAUGGCUCGUUACGUAACAACCUGAUCAUAAAAUGGACGACUAUGCCCUACAUCGAACACUACGGAAGCAACUUGGGCUACAUUUUGAAAGUAACCUGUCUGAACUGUGAUAUCAUCCCACGUACUGCCGUGAACAAUACUGUCAUCGGUGACUGGCGAACAGACAGUAUCACUAUGACCUCCUUCUUAGUUGGCACGAAGGUGUAUGAAAUUGAAACGUAUAAACAGUUCAAGGUGAGUAUCCAAAGCCAAAACGAAAAGGGUGAGAGUACAGCACCUCCCACGUUUGCAGUUGGCCAUUCCGGAGAGGCUGUGCCCACCAUAGUACCACCAAGCCCGACGUUGGUCAACGCAACUUCAAAAGGAGCUGUUCUCAGAUGGCAAGCCAUAACAGAAGCGCAACUUCCUCAGGUGAAUGGAUACUUUCGUGGCUACCGAAUUGAAUGGUGUGAUGCAUUUCUGGACGCAAUUCAGUGUGACAAACAAACGCGAUUUCAGGAUGUCAUUUUGAAGAUACCCGACACGCCUGUAUUUUAUAGCCGCCGUCGACGGUCUAUUGUGGACUUUGAAGACACACGACCAUUGGACCUAUUGUCAUCCGAUGGAGAGAGUCAUCUUACCGAGUCGGUACUGGAGCGAUACCUUCCCGAGCUACACCGCAAAGGUGAUUCCGAUGUAUAUACACCCGUGCACACUCAGGUUUGUCGAUCUACUCCCAUUCGAAACAUUUCCUGCCCCGGAACUGGGCGGUUUCCUCGAGCGGUACAAUCCCCUUCGAUAAUGGGAGAGGCCUACGCAUACACACUCGGAAGGGUGACCCGGCAAGUCCGUGAUUUUCCUGACCUUCCAACAUUUGUCUGGGGACAAGUUGUGGAACAUUCACUAACCGGAGUUCCUGGGAAUUCCUCCGUUCGUGUUUGGUUACGCGUCUUAAAUACGCGCUUUGCGGGUCCAAUGAGUCCCGUGAUAAGUCUGAAUACAUUGGAGGAUACCCCAGGCCCUGUGGCCAACCUUCAAGUUGUAACUAUUGGGGUGACAUACGCCGAUAUCGUUUGGACUCCGCCAGCUGAACCAAACGGAAUCGUGCUUGGCUAUGAAUUCGAAGCUAAAGAAUUACACGGAUUAGAAAUGGGCUUCGGUUUUCGUUUUCCACCACUGCAAGAUGGGAAUGCAACGCAAUGUCGCCUACCGGGUCUGCGACCCAACACCAGCUAUCGUAUUACAGUGUGGCCAUUCACUUCCGCUGGAACUGGCGUGGAUACUUUCAUCGAUUUUUCCACUGCACCCAGUGACGUCGCACCCAGUCCACCGAACUUCGUCGUAACCCAUAUCGGAAUGACCAACUUUACAGUGAUGUAUGAACCGAGUCACAUUGGGAUUCCAGGCACUGUGUUCUUCGUCCAAUACCGAGAACCCGGUGUCAUCCAUUGGCUGGAAUCCACAAGGACCUUUGUUCAGCGUGUCAUUAACGUGGAAGAGUUGAUGCCUGAUACAUUUUACGAAGUUCGUGUCGUUGCGACAAACGGAGAAGGGCUUUCCACAGCUACAGCGGACAGGCUGAUUCACACAAUGGGCGGUCCAGGACCAGGAAGUCUGGCCGGGGCUAGCGGAACCUGGUUUAUUAUUGUCUGUGUACUCCUGUCUGUAUUCAUUGCCAUCUUCAUCCUACUCUUCCUCCUCCGCCGACACAGACUGAAGAUUUUGAAACAGAAGGCUGUUGGUCCAGAAGUCGCUCCUUUGGUUACCAGCCCAGAAUAUGCACAACCAAUGAAUGGAGACGAACUUGGUGGUUUGCUUUCGCCCCAACAACCAGACUAUCCUGAUCGCAGUCAAGGUUUUGCCUCAACAGACAGGCAUCAAACAGGAGCAAACUAUCCGGGAGCUGAGGCUUGGCUGCCGGAUGAGGAAAGUGGCAUGAGCGAUCAAGAUGGCAGACAACAGUGGGACGAUGACAGAGAUAUUGUUCACCGGAGGAAUGUAACUUCGGGGUCACCAAUUCUCUCAAACGAAGAAGAAACCGAACUAGAAGUGGAAAACUCCUACAUAGCUAGUGGGAGCGAGCUGGAUUCAAUUGCAGCCGACCCAAGAAUCCGAACAAUCUCGAAACGUCAACCAACUGAUGCUCGAAGACCCUCUGGAAAUGGGUCACGAAGACCUCUCAGACCUAAUUCUCCUCGAGAUUCGUCAACAUAUUCUCAUUGUUCAAGGAAAGAAACCAGAACCAUCUCAUGCUUCACAAUGCAUUCUGUUCACCUCUGUCUGUUGAGCAGCAUGAUCUCAGUGAUCAUUCUUGUCCAUACGCUACGGAGUCUCCGUGUGCUAGAUCUUCAUCUGGCCCAAGAAGUUACUGAAUCAGAGUUGAACGCUGACCAUUUUGUUCAGUCACGCAUCGAGGCCCGAUCCUUUAUAAAGAUUAUUUUGGAUGGUACUGGAUCGACAAUUUGCGUAUUGUUUUGGGGAUUAGCAAUAGUUGUCCGUCUGCGUCCUCGUGACCUCACAAAGAAACAGUACAAAUUUUACCACAUUAUAUCCACAGUGUUAUGGCAACUGCUGGUCGUGCCCUAUCUACUAGGUUCCCUGGUCCAUAGUAUUUACCUACUAUUUAUUAUGCUUGAUGAUGCCGGUUUUGUGCAAUCGGAAACGGCAAAUUCGCUACGCGAUGCGUUCGUCUCUCUAUCAUCAUUCCAACCAGAAGUAUACAAACUCAAGGUGGUCAACGCACUGGUGGAAAUCCAACGAAAAUACACUUGCUGUGGUGGGACAUCGUACAUGGAUUGGCUUGAAUUGGAGUUCGUAACUGAGAAGGUUUAUGACACCAACAAGACGGUGUUCGAUCCAUGGGGCCGACAUUACAGCAGUGGUUUCUUUCCAACAAGUUGUUGCGAUCGAACGAAAACAGUCAGCUGUUCAGAGACAAUGUUAAAUCCGAGUGUCGAAGUGACGAAAUAUCACCUGACUUACGAAGCUCCAGUUUAUCGACGUGAUUGUAUCACUGCGCUUUAUAAGCAUAAAUAUACCGAACUGGCAGGUUUGAUUGGUCUAUUUGCAACUAUUGACAUUUGUUUGCACGCGCUUCAAGUAUUUGCACAGUUGUACGCUUACCACAAAAGCGCAACUCGAUAUCCGUGUAUCACAUGGGCCAACAGACUCCCACCACUUCAAAGCAACCUAACACCACCAAAGCUGGGUUCAUAUCGAGAGAAUACGGGGUCUGUAGUCCAUCGAACCGGUUCGAUUACCCAUAUGGAUGGAUCGCGCACACACAGGGAUGGUUCAGUUGUCAUGCCAGAUGGAAGUCAUAUCCCCAAACCCGAAAAGUUGGUUCACCGCUCUGGUUCCGUCACUCUACGCUCCGGAUCACGAAUACAUCGUACGGGAUCACGUACACAUAUCGAUGGAUCUCGUACACACCGAACCGGCUCCGUUACCUUUGUUGAUGGGUCCAGACUGCACAAAGAUCAAACAAUAACACCAGGUCCUGGAGAUAGUCGUGAAGCGUGUAUGCUUGGUGACAACCCACAGUUGUUUUUCGGUUCCACCGGCUACAUAAGCACAGAUCGUUUAAUCCAGUCUUGUCAAGGACUUCAUCUGUUUGCAAAACCCAGUUUAGAACAGCAGCCUGAUGUGGCAGACAAAGCCGAAUGGAUGGAAAACAUCAUGAAAAUUGGAUGGAUAGCGCAUGGUGGAGGUAAACAGUAUUGCACAAUUGUACCCAGGGUUGCUAUGAGACCUAGUCGACAAUUGGGACCAGUACAGACAAGCGAAUUUCGACGUUUCCUGAGGUUGCAUAUUCCAAUAGUUGAGGCAAUAAUCUACACAGACGGUAACGCAGUACUUGAAUACGAAGCAAAUGCGUACUAUCGAGGCUUUUGUAUAUCCUUCAUCCGUGGAAUCCUAUUUCUCCUGCUGGGUUAUGUAGCCGCUACCAUUCUAUGUCCAAUAUUCCUACCAACGAAUUUGGACUCACCGAUAUUGAACACUGUUUACUUAUGGCCAUGGAAACCAUCAGACCGGGAAAAACUUGAUAUGGCGAUAUCCGAAAAUGCAGUAGCCAUUCACGAACAAAUCUCACUUCAGGUCUCUUUGCUACUCUACUCGUGCAUCAUGUGUGGUGCACUAAUAUCUCCACGAUUUCGCUGUCUAUUGUUUCUGUCGAUUCCCAUAUUUGGUAUGCAGUGCGGCCACAUGUACCUAAUCAACCAAAUGUUCCACGCCGCAAUGCUUGGGCCGGUGGCGACCAGUGAACGGAAUUUCGUCUCAACUUCUGCCACAUUGGAAUGCCUGGAAGAAAUGUCGUUCAACCUAAGCAGAGACAUGCGUCGCAUCAACUGGGUUUAUCCACUUGAAGAUGCCAUCAAGGAAAAAAGUGCAGACGUCCUGGGCCUGAGUGAAGCAGACUUUAGAAAUGUCAGCUUGGGAUUCAUUGAGCUGAGUUCGGAACUAUCCGAUAAUAUAGUAACAUCAUUGAUGCAUUUGUAUAACGGUACGGAAGCUCUCCGAACUUUGGGUAGAAACCAGUCAAAUCUGGCGAAAAGAGUUGAGAAACGAUUUGACAACACAACCGCCGCUUAUUUGAAAGUAGCGAAUACAAUGACCAAUCGGUUAAUCAUUCCUCUGACGGAUAAAAGCAAUCAGCUGGUAGACAUGAGUAACAAGGCCGGUUUGGCUCGUGAACUGCUCGAAGGACUACAAACGGCAAUAUCGGGUGGCCGUGAAAUGGAAGAAGGACUUUACAAGGCAACAGUGCUUGGUUGCAUGCUGGUCAAAUCGGUGAAGUACACCCAGUGUAAAAAGAAAUCAGAUAUCGUUUGUCAGGCAGUGGAAAGAACGAUAAAGAGUCUGACUCACGAGCCUGCCUGGUUCAAGUUGGCUUGUCCACCGGACAAUCCAUCCGAGGUAGCAUGUCCAGUGGACGAAUUCGUGACUGAGGCUGAACAAGAAUGCUACGAUGCACCUGGAACUCUGGGAGUGCAAUACGGUGUGGGAGCGUUCACGCUGGAAGCACUUAAUGCACUGAAAGCUAUCGCGGAUGAGUUUAAACUCGACCAACCAAUCAGCAUGGAAGAAAGCUUGGUCCCAGUUUCGAAUAAACAAUGGACUGAACUGGCAGACGAUAGCUAUGAAAGACCAUAUUAUAUAUCUGAUUAUAUGUAUGGACUGUUCUACAUCUUAGUGAUAUGCAGCAGCUUGGGUAGACUUCUCUUGAUUGGCGUGUUCUACCAAAGUCAUCGCUACAUUUCUAACUAUCUGACUUCCGUCGAUUUUGACAAUAUUUAUGCCGGAAGCAUGUUUGAGGAGGUGGACGCGAAGCGUUUGGCAGACGGCCGGGAGACCCUGUUACCCCUUAAGUCUAUGGAAACGUCAAAAGUCUACUGGCGUUCAAGAUUCUACACAUGCCGGGAAUUAAAGCGAGUGGCAGUUAAUUUGUUGCGUGCCGUGGUUUACGGGUGCUUCCUGUUGGUACUAUUCGCCGUCGGUUGGAACAUGGAAGAAAUGGCCACAUUUUUGAUUGACUUGACCGCUGGCUACUAUGGCAUGCGAAUGCAGAUACGUCAAGCACAGUUUACCGGAAACCAUGCAGAUGUCUCGGGAGAUGGAAUAUUUUAUCAGCUAUUGAAAAAAAUCCUCUAUAACAUCAACCAGUUGAAAGCCAUCGAGUUGAACUAUGAUCCCAAAUUUUGCAGUCCUUAUGUUUAUUCUCCAAGUGUUAGGUUGGAGAGAGAUUUCUACAAUGCCUGGUACUUACUGAUGUUUUUAAUCGUGAUCGCUCCCUUACUACUAAGAACCAGACACGUCGUUGCUUCGUUUUUCUAUCCAUCAAGGGUGAAAAACCGCACGGUAGCACUCUACAACUCACUGCUUACUCGCCGACGUCGUCACAUGACCACUUGUCGCAACCUAAUCGUGCACUGGGUUCGAGAAGGUCGCCUACAGGAAGAAGCUAGGAAAUUUGGACAGCCCACGUUUUUGGCUUCCAUACAUCAGAGCUUUGCUCAAUUGGUGGGUAUGGAUAAGAAAAUGUGUCUUAUCUGCCAGGAUUGGAUCAAUUCCGGGCCACAAAUCGCAGUGUGCACACUGGAUAAAGCAGCUCUGUGUCGGCAAUGUGUUGAAGUUGUGCUACGCAAGGAAAUCUGUGUUGUCUGUCUGGAUCGUAACCCAAAACGCCUGUUCAAGGAACGACGACGAAUUCAACGUUUAGAAAACAGGGCCAAUAUGAAAGCUGAGUUACUGUCUCCACGACAGCUAUUGGAUUAAAAGCUCGUCAUAUCACCUUGCAAAAUGCAUUCAUACGUUACGUGUUUGUUCCUGCGUACGGGCGUGGAGUUCCAAACACGUAUGAUUUUAGUUCAUUUCUCUAUGAACUGAGCUAUCUUUGAUCUAAGCUCUGAACUAAAAUAAAUCGCUUUUCAUUCACGUAAUAAAACCGAUCCCA